AAAAUAGUCUCAAUUAAUCGGCGAGUGGGCUUUCCUCUCCGAGUUUUUGGCGCCCUCAUUUCGACGCCAUCAAUGACGCACGUAUUCUAUUUCCCCACCUUUCUUCUUCUUCUUCUUCUUCUUCUUCAACUUCCUAAAAUUCAAUUGAAAUCAAAUAACCCUCGUCAUCACUAAUUAGGAAAAGCAGCUAGCUACUUCCUUAAUUUCUUGAUCCUUUUAAAUCUUUCCCAAAUUAUUGGAAGUUUCCGGUCACACAAUUUCACAAAUAUAUGGUGGGCUCGCCGAGACAAGGCCUGCCUUCAUGGAUAGGAAUGGCAACGGCUACAAGAAAGGUGGAAUUAGAUAAAAACAUGCCCAAAGAGGAGUCCUUCGCGCGGGAGCCGUCGAGGAAUUCCAAUAUUUCUGACGUGGAUUUGAGUUUUGGGGAAAGGGCAUUAGCCGGCGCCGGCGCCGCCGUCAUUUCCACCGCCAUCGUCAACCCUCUCGAUGUUGCUAAGACAAGGCUGCAAGCUCAAGCAGCUGGAGUUCCGUAUGGUGGAUUAUGUGAGACGGAAUGCUCUGCAAACACGAUGCUGCAAGACAGGAGGUUUGUGCCAUCAGGCACUCAACCAAAGUGCACUCCAGAUUGCACGCGCUAUAGAGGGACAUUGGAUGUAUUAUACAAAGUGAUUCGGCAGGAAGGAUUCUCAAGAUUGUGGAGAGGAACUAAUGCUAGUCUAGCAUUGGCGAUUCCCUCAGUGGGAAUCUAUAUGCCACUAUAUGAUAUUUUACGCAACCACAUGGAAGAGCUUGCAUCACACAAUGCUCCAACCAUGACGCCAUAUGUUCCCCUACUCGCUGGAUCCUUAGCACGCUCGGUAGCUUGCGUUACUUGCUAUCCUAUCGAGCUUGCAAGAACACGCAUGCAGGCAUUCAAACACAUGCAAGCUGAUGUGAAGCCUCCUGGAGUCUGGAAAACUUUGACGGGUGCUGUCUCUCCAUUCAGGACUGCUAAUAGUCGUCAAGCUUUUCAAAGCUACCGCAUAUUAUGGACUGGCCUCAGUGUGCAACUUGCUCGUGAUGUUCCAUUUUCUGCUGUCUGCUGGUCAUCUCUAGAGCCACUCCGGAGGAAAUUUUUGAGCAGUAUAGGUGAGGAAGCUAGUGCCUCCUGUGUCCUGGGUGCCAAUUUUGGUGCUGGUUUCGUGGCAGGAAGCCUCGCUGCGGCUGCCACAUCUCCUCUAGACGUUGCAAGGACCCGCCAGCAAAUUGAGAAAGAUCCGACGCGAGUCCUCAACAUGACUAUACGAAAAACAUUGGCUGAAAUUUGGAGGGACGGAGGCGUUAGAGGAUUGUUCGCAGGCGCUGGGCCUCGAGUAGGACGAGCAGGGCCUUCAGUUGGGAUUGUGGUUUCCUUUUAUGAAGUUGUCAAGUAUGCCUUGCUUUAUACACAGUCAAAAGAGAAGUAACCCUACACCUAUAUAGUUCAAAAUAGGCAGAAUUUGGCCAUGUUUCAUGUCUCGUUGAAGAUGGGAAUUGUUUGAAUAAAGGAACAACUGCUGAUAUUGUUACUACAAUAAAUGAGAUGCCUUGUUUUACAAAA